CUCCCCGGCCCCGCCAUGCCCAUCCGCGCCUACUGCACCAUCUGCUCCGACUUAUUCGACAGUAAGCGGGACGUGGCGGCCGUGCCGUGCGGGCACACCUUCCACCAGGCCUGCCUCCUCCAGUGGUUUGAAACUGCACCGAGCCGGACAUGCCCACAGUGCAGAAACCAGGUCAGCAAAAGACACAUCAUCAAUAAGCUGUUUUUUGAUGUUACCCUGGAGGAGGAAGCAGCACCGGAUGCUGAGAGCUUGCAGAAUGAACUGGACAAGGUGAAGGCACAGUUCUCCUUGAAAGAGAAAGAAAAGCGGGAAUGCCAGACUGUUGUGGACAGGUUGAGGGAGACUCUGGAUGUGCGCAAUGCCACGAUAGAGUCACUGCAGAAGAUGCUGGGAGAGACAGAGAUGCUGUGCUCUUCUCUCAAGAAGCAGAUGAAAUUCCUGGAGCAGCAGCAGGAGGAUAACAGAAGUUCAAAGGAGGAGGCCCACCGGCUGCGAAACAAGCUGAGAUCCAUGGAGCGGAUCGAGCUGUUGCUUCAGAGCCAGCGCCCGGAAGUGGAGGAGAUGAUCAGAGAGAUGGGAGUCGGGCAGGCAGCAGUGGAGCAGCUUGCAGUCUACUGUGUCUCCCUCAAAAAGGAAUAUGAGAACUUGAAGGAGGCUCGGAAGAUCUCUGGUGAGAUGACAGAGAAGCUGAAGAAGGAGCUGUUUUCUGUCAAUAAUAAGCUGCAGAAAACGACUUCAGAGUUGGAGAAGACAAAGGAGGAGUUAAAAAGCACACAGAAAGAUCUGAAGAAUGCAGACAAGGAGAUCUUGAGUUUGAAGAAGAAGAUAGACAUCCUGCAGGAUACUCUGAAGGUCCCAUCUGUAACCAGGGAAACACUCAGUCGGCUAGUCUAUGAAAGCCCUGCUCCUGUGGAACUGCAGCAUCCAAAGCUCCACCGCCCGGCCCACAGCGAUGAGAUCAAUCUGGAUGCUACUUACGAUGUGGACACCCCUGAACACCAGCCCUGUGCAGCUCCCUUCGGCCCUGCAAAAAGGCAGAAGCUGGAUAAAAAGCCGCCUCCUGUGGUAAAUCUGGCGAAGAAAGUUCUGAAGGAAACAGUGGAGAACAGGGCAGAUGAUCUGGAGGAUGAUGCUCUUAAAGGACUCUUGCCAGCAUUCAUCAGGAACUCUGUUCUCUCCAAGAAGUCACCUUCAGGUGGUUUGCUGGGUUCCCACAAGAACAUGGGCUCUGUGAGGAUGGGCUACGAUGGCAUGGGAGGCAGAACAAAGUUCAUAGAGCCAACAAACCUAGCAGAAAUCCGUCCAUUAUCAGUUAGGAGUAAGAAGAAGGUCUCCAGGCCAGCAUCUGCAUCCCCUCCUGCGUUUUCCUCCAGCGUCAGCCAGGCCAGAAUGGACACUUUCCUGCUGUGAGAGCCCUUGACUUCCAGGGAGAGGCUUGGAGGAGGCUGCAGGGCAGAACACAUUUGCCCAGAGCCUGGCACGAGGCAAUGUGCAGCUACCACUGCCUGGGGUACUGUUUGCAAAGCACUGAUGCUGCCUUGUGGGUGAGAUGAGCUGUCCUGUGGAGAAUCCUGCCCUUGUAGCAAGCUUUUAGAGGCCAAGCCUCUGGGUAAUGCCUGGACUGAGUUUCCCUCCUCGUUCUACCAUUCCUUCCUCCUUUUUUCAUGCAGAAUUAACAGGGUUUCCUUGCCUUCUGGCCUCCCUAGAGCUCUGCAGUUGCUGCUGCUUUGGGCUCUUUGGCACCAGGUGGAACUGCACUUCUUGGAUGCAGCCACAAGCAGGAGGUGAAGAAAGGGUGUCUGGGAUGUCAGUCUGGAGAGCAGCAGGGAGAAGUGACCUGGACCAGCUCCAUGCCUGGUGCAAAUAGUUCCAAGAAGGCUGACUGGAGGAAGAAGUGUGUAGAGCAACCUGUGUGGCUGUUGAGUGUCUCUAUAUUCAUUAUAAAAUUACUCAACCACAGGCCUGUUGGGGCUAGGGAGAUCCACAGGUGGACUUGGGAGCGCUGUUCCCCUGCCCUGUUUUGUGCCAGGACGUCCAGAGUGGUCUUGCAGGCUUGGCACUGAAACUACUGACUUGGAAGGGAAGUCUUGGGGUGACCUCCUUGGAAGCAGAGAUAGUUGUGCUGGUGUGACCUCUGUGCUUGGCAUGUGUUGGUGUGAAAUUUGUUUAUUAAUUUCUAUUUUGUAAUAGGAGUGUAGAGUAUUUUUAUUAUUUUGUAACUGUUCUGCCUUGUGAUUAGAGGGUUUGGAUUGGCCUGGAGAAGUGCUGAAGAAUGGCUCCCUUCAGGGGAAGGGGAGACUGGUGGGGCUGAACCUGUCAGGGUUCUUCAGCUUGGAGCUGUGGAGCAGGAGAUCCAUGCCUGACACAGGGCUGUCCGAGCUGCAAGGAACUGCUGAGGCACCCAAUAAAGCACUCUGCUGUACAAAUCUGACCUUUCCUAUUUCCAGCUGCUUCAGGUCAGAAUCUGUAGUACCUGGAGUGGCUAAAA